GCCCCGCGGCGCUCAGUCGGGCGGCGGCGGCGGUGGCAGCGGCAACGGUGGGGGCGGCUCCGCCGGGCUGAGGAGCGGACGCGGGGAGGCGGCUCGGGAUCGCGACACGAUGAGGCGAGUGGUACGGCAGAGCAAAUUCCGGCACGUCUUCGGGCAGGCGGUGAAGAACGACCAGUGCUACGACGACAUCCGCGUGUCCCGCGUCACCUGGGACAGCUCCUUCUGCGCCGUCAACCCCCGCUUCGUCGCCAUCAUCGUGGAUGCCAGCGGCGGGGGAGCCUUCCUGGUGCUGCCCCUGCACAAGACAGGCAGAAUUGACAAGUCCUACCCAACAGUGUGUGGCCACACAGGACCAGUGCUGGACAUAGACUGGUGUCCUCAUAAUGACCAGGUCAUCGCCAGCGGCUCCGAGGACUGCACCGUCAUGGUGUGGCAGAUCCCCGAGAACGGCCUGACCCUGUCGCUGACGGAGCCUGUGGUGGUGCUAGAAGGGCACUCCAAGAGGGUUGGCAUCGUGGCCUGGCAUCCGACGGCUCGCAACGUGCUGCUCAGCGCAGGCUGUGAUAAUGCAAUCAUCAUCUGGAAUGUGGGGACAGGUGAAGCCCUGAUCAACCUGGAUGAGAUGCACGUGGACAUGAUUUACAACGUCAGCUGGAACCGCAACGGCAGCCUCAUCUGCACCGCGUCCAAGGACAAGAAGGUUCGAGUCAUCGACCCCAGGAAACAGGAGAUCGUUGCUGAGAAAGACAAAGCCCACGAGGGAGCCCGGCCCAUGCGAGCCAUUUUCCUUGCGGAUGGGAACAUCUUCACGACCGGCUUCAGCCGCAUGAGCGAACGGCAGCUCGCCCUCUGGAAUCCAAAAAACAUGGAGGAGCCUAUAGCCCUUCACGAGAUGGACACCAGCAAUGGAGUCCUGCUGCCCUUCUAUGAUCCAGAUACCAACAUCAUUUACUUGUGUGGCAAGGGUGACAGCAGCAUUCGCUACUUCGAGAUCACAGAUGAGUCCCCCUACGUUCACUACCUCAACACCUUCAGCAGCAAAGAGCCGCAGAGGGGCAUGGGGUUCAUGCCAAAGAGGGGCCUUGAUGUCAACAAGUGUGAGAUUGCCAGGUUCUUCAAGCUCCACGAGAGGAAGUGCGAGCCCAUCAUCAUGACGGUUCCUCGCAAGUCCGACCUCUUCCAGGAUGACCUCUACCCUGAUACAGCUGGGCCAGAGGCAGCUCUGGAGGCAGAGGAGUGGUUCGAGGGGAAGAACGCCGAUCCCCUUCUCAUCUCCUUGAAGCAUGGGUACAUUCCAGGCAAGAACAGGGAUCUCAAGGUGGUCAAGAAGAACAUACUGGACAACAAGCCUGCUGCAAACAAGAAGAGUGAUCUCAUCAAUGCUCCAAAGAAAGCAGCUGAUGCCUCAAACCCUCAAAACGAAGCCAAGUUGGACGAGAUCCUGCGGGAGCUGAAGUGCAUCAAGGAGACGAUCAGCAGCCAGGAGGAGCGCAUUGCCCGGCUGGAGCAGCAGAUGGCGAAAAUCGCGGACUGAGCGGGGCCAGCCCCUGCCGCCGGCCCAGGCACAUUCCAGUUUCCCCCCCCCCCUCAGUUUGGCAAGCAGCAGCCUGCAGCAUUCCAGUACGAGCUUUCCUCUCCUCCUAAAUUCACCUCAACGAGAGCUGAUGAUUAAAAGCCAAGCUUUUUAGUCCAAGGGGUUUAAUUUUUUGGGGGUGGGGGGGGGAGGGGAUGGUUUGCUUUUGGUUUUGUGUUUUUUUUUCCCUCCUGAUGUUUUCCUCCAUUGAUGUGAGUGUGUCAAACAAAGUCCAAAAGAAUUCAGUGCUACUUUUAACAAUCUUUUAUUAUUAUAAUUAUUAUUAUUAAUUAUUAAUUAUUGCUACUUUUAUUUUUUUGCCUCCAGAUGUUACAAACUCCCCAGAACAAAUCCAUUCUGACUCUCAGUGUCGUGCCCAAAACAACUUGUGCUUUAUUUUCUCCUAGCUGUAGGGACCAAGGCCAUGUUUUUCUUUACCAUCAGUUUACAUUGUUUUAUUUUGAGGGUUUGGGUUUAUUUUUCCCUUCUUUGCCACUUUGCAGUACUUGUAUUUGAGAUGUAAAAGGGUUGAGGGUGUGUGUGUGUGUGUGCCUGGUGGAUCUUCCUACCCUUCAGAGGACAAAAGAAAUACCCCCAAAGCUGAAAUGAUUUUUACUUCGUUUGCAACGUUCAGGUUGGUUCCCUUCACAGUGUGGUUGCUGCUGUGUCCUCCCACCCCUCCCCACCCAUCCUCCAGGCUGCUGUUUGGGUUAUUUUCCUGCUCCCCAUCACCAUUUUCUAGCAGUUUAAAAGAGGAAGAAAACAAACCAAACAAAAGCUCAGCAUGAGGUGAGUCUCCUUUCCUCUUCCCACCCUGAAAAACCUCUAAAGCAGGCCCUCAAACAAGCCCCCCACAGCUUGGAUCCCUUCAGCCACGACCAUCAGGGACCUUUUCCUUGCCCUUGUUUUUGUAUGCUCAGGCCAGAAGCUCCAUGCAGGGAAGGGUUUCUGUGUCCAGCCAAGAUUUGAGGUGUGCCAUGGGCCCCUGGCAGUCCCCAGGUUCUCUGUGGUGCUCUCACGUUGCUGUAGGUAGCUGUUUCUGUGCUGGCUCUGUCCCACCAUGCUCAGGCUCCUUGGCUUUUUGAAGUCCACUGAGCCUGCAAUUCUCUGCCCCCUCACACCAGCUAGGAUCUUAGAGCUGCUUCUAUAGUGGAGGUCUCCACCACAGGUCUCCAGACCUGUCUCCAGGUCUCUGAUAGGUUUUUAAUAGCAUUUUCUUAUCCUCAUCCCUGCCUCAUCAGCUGUAAAAGCCCUGCAGGAAAGUCCUUGUUCCCAGCUCAGCUGAGUGACUUCCAUCCCCACCUCCCUGCACUCCCAGCCCUUCACAGUGGAAGGGACUGGGGAGGCUGGUCUUGAUCCCAGUUGGGAGAACUGGUUUCUCCUUUGAGAGCCCUGGAGGAGAGACCCCAUGAGCACAGCAGGCUCUUGAGCCCCUCCUGGAAUUUCUCAGAUGUUCCAGCUCAGCAAAGCUCUGCUCAGGUAGGGUCUCCCCAGUGAGCUGUGCCAGGCUGGACUGCCACUGCCCAUCCCAGCCUGUCCUUGCUAGCUGGGGGUACGUAAGCAGCUCAUGUCAAAUCUAGAGAUGGGCAAAGAGCCAUGGGCUGAGGAGCCUCAUCCUAGGUGAGGAUGGAUCCCUUGGAGCAGCUGCCUGCACCCCUGUGUGCAUGUCCCUGUCCUGGGGAUCCCUGGCAGGGGAUGUGUCCCUUUGCCCAGGCUCAAGUGAGGUUUUAGUUGUUUUAGUUGUUUCCAUGAGGUUAGCUAUAGAAAUCCUCAACCCCCCCCCUUUUUUUUUGUUGUUCCUAACCCUUCCUUUGCAUGUUCAGAGCUCACAGCUCCAGGCUUGUGUUCUGGAGGGAUGCCUCUCUGUGUGUGUGUGUGUGUGUGUGUGUGUGUGUGUGUGUGUGAAGGUGAAGCCACACCAUGGGCACAGCCAGGGCCAGGUAGCUGGAGAGACACGAGGAGGAGCCAGAGGACGAGUUAGAAUUCCAUAGCAUGAAAGCUUCCCAAAAGUGGGAUUUCUGUGGUGUUGAGCAGUGAGCACAGCAGGAGGACCAGGUGUCCCCUGCCCUGUGCCUGUGACCCCCCCCCCCAACCCAGUACCUCCAGGUUAUUUGAGUGCUGGGUGGCAUUUGUGUUGCAGUCAGUGGCUGAGAUGACUCCGUGUCAUCAACUUUUUGUAUCUACCCCCAAACACUCUCCUCCUUCUCCCUCCCUCCCCCAAAAAAAAGGUGAUUUCUGUGUCAACUCGUACAUGUGACUUCAGGGUUGUGUGCUUGGGGUGGGUGGGACACCUUUGGGCUCGAGUUUGUUUUUAUUCUAGCGAGAAGGAAAUCAAAAGCGUUGGGAAGACACUGGAGGAUGGAAACGCCCAGAGGAGGUCUGGGGGUGGCAGCAGGUCCCAGGAGGGCAGAGGAAAGGCUGCCUUGGUGGUGGUUUUGAGUUUUUAGCCUGUGUUUUUAUUUAAAUGAACUGAUGCCUCGCCAGGCUCAACCAGAGUCAGUGCCUGAAGCUUCUUUUGUAGCCGCGAUUACCCCAGGAGAGAGCCAGCCGAGUCCUGCAGGAUGCGCUCUUAUAGAGCGGCCCUCGAUACCUGUCCUGAUAUUUGCUUCCAUUUUCAAAAGAUAAAAAGAAGUCAUUGAUUAUAAAAA